AUGUCCUACAAUCGACUCCUCAUUUUCACUAUCCUAUUUCUGUUCUCAAUUUCUGUUCUUUCUGCUCAAUAUACAGGAAUGGGAAAUCCGACGCAAAAUAUUGGGAUGAGAAUGCAGUUUAUGCAGAUGCGAAUGCAGAUGAUGCAACAACAAAUGCAAAUGAUGCAGAUGCGAAAUCAGAUGAUGAUGGCAAGGCAGGGUGCAAUGAGCGGCGGAAUGAUGGGAAAA